AUGUCCUUCGCCAAGGUUGCUGCCUCAGGCGCAAAGGAGAGCAUGGCUCCUCGAGUUGCCGUUCCUGCCAUGGAACACCGCCGCAUUCCGUCUGUCAGUGCUGCUGCUACUGCUACCAAGAACGUCACAUCCGCUCCCGCUCCCGUUGCCGCUGCCAAGCCAGUCAGCCCAUCGGCGACCGUCAAGGCGCCCGUCCAGCCUGCUCCCCUCCCAGAUAAGAGAGACAUCAGUCGACCUGGCGAGUCGGCGAGCUCCAAAAUUGUUCAGAACCUGAAGGAUCUCAGCUUGUCUUCCAAUGCAGCUGGUCCAUCCGCGACUACGCCGAGCUUGGUGGUAAAUGGUUCUUCGGCGUCGGUAGGCGACGCGGCGAGCAAAAAUGAGAUUGGAAAUGCCGUAUCAGACGACGUCUCGCAGAGGGCCGAUUCCAGUUCGGAGAUUGGCACUAAGGCCCCAAGCCUCGAUGGGAAGAGCAUCACCUCUGGCACCACGUUCGCUCUCGACGAGAAGGAAUCGCUUCGCCCGGACGAUAGCGCCAGUGUCAAGGCUGCGGCCGACGACGAAGAGACUUUUUCUAUUCGAGGCUCGCAGAUGGUCAACUCGCGCAUGGGCUCCGAGGUUGCUCGCAUCCACCGUCUUCGCAUUGGCGAUAUGCCGGAACGGCGCAUUAUCCAGCUGCUCCCUGAGUCGCAGGACCUUGGGUCCGCAACGCCUCAGAGCGUAGAUUCCGGUGUGCCGGUUUCCACCGAGACGUCCCAAGCCCUAGCGACUGUGGCAAGCACUCCAGAUGCCUUCAGCACCAUGUACUCGCAGAACCCCGACGACAAGCUGCUCGAGGCAAUGAAUUCGCCCAAAGAUCGCUUAUUCCUCUUACGGCUUGAGCAGGAUGUUAUCAACUUUGUCCAGUCCUCCAAGGAGCCAUUCAUGGAUUUACCCCCCAGCAACUCGUUCUGCAGGAUGUUGACCCACAAGCUCGCCGACUACUACCACAUGACACACUCGUUCGAAGCCGUCCAAGGAGCUGUUCGCAUUUAUAGAACUCCCUUCUGCAGAGUCCCGCCGUCCCUGGCUAGCAUAAUGAGCAGCAGUGUGCCCGAGACCAACUCUACCGCUGCAGCUCCAGUCCUCCUGCCAAGGAAGAUCAUGCGUCGCGGCGAAGAUGGAGGCUCUGGCCAGGCUAGUACUAGCCCCUCGAAAGCCACAUCCGAGGUCGGCAGUGAUGGCAAGGAGAAGGGUGCCAAAGAGAGGCUGACCCGCGAGCAACGAGAGGAGGCCUAUAACAAAACUAGAGAACAGAUUUUCGGGAAAUCCGAGAAGACUGGAGAGUCGACGCCUGACAACGAAGAUGCAAACGCCACGUCGCGGGCCAGCUCUGUGUCAGGCAAGGACAAGUCGAACCUCGGUAAAAGGGGGAAGACGGGAAAGCAACGCCGUGACGACUCGGAAAGUUUCGACUCUCGGUCGCAAUACACCCCUUGGUAUCAUCCGCAGCCGACUGGUUGGGCCCCCCAGUAUGUCCCUGUCGGGAACAACCAGUUCAAUGGCCAGAUGCAGCAACCGUACAUGCAGAAUGUACAGCCGCACCAGCAACACCAGCCGUACCCGCAGCCGGCGCAGGGUUAUGGGCAGCUUCCGCCCCAAGGCCAGAUGAACGGAUAUCCUCAGUAUAAUCCUAUGCAAUCUUACCCACCUCAACCGCCGCAGCCACAACCGAUGCCGCCGCAACCUAUGCAAUCGCGGUAUCCCUCAACAGGUGGCCCGUUGCCAGGCUAUGGAUCCCCAAUGCAGAACACUCCCCCUCAACAGGCUUGGUCGCAGCCGGCCUACUCCCAGACGCCGCCUCCCGUUCCUGCUCCGUUCCCGCAACAGGCACAGCAACCCGCGCGGCCGCCUCAGCCACAGGCGCAGCCAGGCAUUCCAUAUGCCUUCGGCCAGCUUCCAGCGAAUGCCAAUCCGAAUGAUCCCAAGAGCCAGCACCCGAUUCCUGGUAGCUAUAAUCGCCACGCUUUCAACCCAAAGACUCAGUCAUUCGUACCCGGCAACGGCACGAACCCAGGUCAGCCUCAGCCACCAAUGGCGCAAUUCAACAUGGGAGGAUCGCACGGCGGGCAGAUCGGAUCUCCGCACCAGCCUUACCCCGGAUACGCUGCCAACGGCCCGCCCCAGCCCUUCAUGGCGCCGCAGGUUGGCUAUGGCAUGAGUCGCCAGAGCUCCAACAACUCGCUUCCGGCCUAUCAUCCCCAAGGUACUCCGCCCCAGCACCUGCCUCAUCAACAUCCAGGGUCGCACCUGGCCCAGAUGUCCCCUAUGGGAAAUCAGAUGCCUCACCACAUGAACCAUACCAUGGCGGCCAAGGGUCCCCAGUCAAUGGACAGCAACCAUACCCAUCCGCAGUUCUCGUCGCUGCCCAACUAUGGCAACCCCGCUACCUUACCUCAGAAGCCUCCUACUGGCAUCUAA